CCUAUAGCUUCCAUCCAGAGACUAGACCAAGGUAGCUUACGGCCAAGUCAAACCUUAUCGUUCAGUAAUAUGCAGUACUCCUCACCUUGGAGUCCGCCACGUACGUAGAGCUUCGACAUCUAUAAGAAGACACUUUCCAGCCGUUCCGACCUGUUUCGCAAGAUCUAUUCAGCUUCUGCCUUCAACUACAUCUCACUCAUUUGAUCAACCCUUACUACCAAUUCUCCAAACAGCUUGGCUCUACACCUCAUCACAAUGUCCAACCAAAACGACAAGACACCCGUCCGUGACACGGCGGAAGAUGACGCUUACUUCCCCUCACCUUUCUCUCUCACUCAGUACGUUACCGCCAAGACAGACUUUGACGGCGCCGAUUACCCAAACAAGUACACCGGCGGCAAGUGGAAGAUUCUCAUGAUCGGCACCCAGGAGCGUUAUCUCAAGAUGGCAGACGGCAAGUUCUUCUCCACGGGCAACCACCCCGUUGAGAUGCUUCUGCCUAUGUACCAUCUUGACGCUGCUGGCUUCGACAUCGACGUAGCCACUCUUUCGGGAGAUCCUGUUAAGCUGGAAAUGUGGGCUUUUCCUCAGGAGGAUGAGGCUGUGAAGUCGAUUUACAACAAGUACAAGCAGAAGCUUCGCAGUCCUCUUAACCUGUCUGAGGUCUGGAAUGGUAAAGAUGGCAAAGGUUUCAAUCAAGAAACCCCUUACCUGGCAGUCUUCAUACCAGGAGGUCACGGCGCCCUCAACGGUAUACCCUUCAGCAAGACAGUCGGCGAUGUUCUCCGCUGGGCUCACGCCAAUGAUCGCUUUCUUAUUACCCUCUGCCACGGGCCUGCUAGUAUUCUGGCCGCGGAUGUUGGCAAGCCUGAGGGCUCCAAGUUUAUUUAUGAGGGCUACAGUAUCGAUGUGUUCCCUGACUCGCUUGACCAGGGUACUAAUAUCGACAUUGGCUACAUCCCGGGCAAGAUGGAAUGGUUGGUCGGCGAGAGGCUGAAGAAGCUCGGGGUUACGCCUAUUAACAAGACGAUCUCUGGCGAAUGUCAUCGAGAUCGCCUGUUACUGACUGGCGAUUCGCCAUUGGCUUCAAAUAACUUAGGCAAGCUGGCGGCCAAGACACUGCUGGAGGAGGUCAACAAGUAAGAUCUCGCGGCGACGGAGAAAAGUGAUGUAAUGCAGAAGAGAGUUAUUUAGGCUUUUAAACCAAAAUUGCAGAGGCAGUCGCCUCACCAAUUGCUUUUUGCCCUAUUUUGACUCUUAUGACUUGUGUUCCAUUUAAUUUAGCUAGAGCUUGGUGUAGAGAGAUAAGUGAUUAAACC